AUGGAUGUGCUGAAAGCCACAGACCAAACAGUGAAACCUGACUUGAAGGAUGCGGUGGACAGCUACCAUAAGACUCAAGUUUGGAAUGAAGAGGAGACGGGGAACGAGAAUGGUUGGGGAGCUGAGGAUGGUGCGGUGGAGGCAGCAGUGCCAGAGCCAGAGUGGGAUUGGAGUGACCCAGCGAAGCAGGAGGCGACGCAGGAAUGGCAGCAGCAGUAUGCCUGGCGUCAGACCCAAAAAGACGCCUGGACCGAAGAUCCUUGGCAGAAACAGGACCCAUGGCAUGCCUGGCAGGCGAAGAGGAAGGAUUCUUGGGCCCAAGCAAAGGAUUUCCAAUGGUCUGGCCGUCCGCAAAGCUCCUGGUCUGGAGGAGCCAAUCGCAAUUUGACCAGACGCAGUUGA